AUGGAGGUGGCUGAUGAUGACUCACCAUUGAAGUCAUUUAUCAGGAUAAACGCUGCAGAUUUGAAACCAGACCCGGGCAGUGCAACUGACAUCUCCGACACAAAUGAACAAGAAGACAAUUUGGAGCAAGGAAGUACUGGUAAAAACUCUGAAGUAGUUUAUAGCCGAGAAGAAAAGAAAGAAGAAAACGUUGAGAGGUCCAUUUCUCCAACUGAAGGCAAAGAAGAACAAAAUACAGUUGAGACAAUGGCCAGUGUUCUCUCCUCAGAAGCACAAGAAAUGUUGAAGGAUGAAAUUUUCCAAAAAAUCUUGUCUGAAAAAGAAAAAUUCCCAACUGUAAGCUUGCUGGAUUUUGCUGGGCAGUUAGCUUAUUAUGCUCGUCACCAAAUUUACGUAACACCAAAGGCCUUCUUUAUUCUUGUGCUGGACAUGACUAAGAGGUUUGAAGAUGUUGUAGAUAAAGAGAAAGAUAACCAAGAAGGAUCAAUCUUUUCCGUUUGGACUUACAGAGAUUACUUGAAGUUUUGGAUAACCUCAAUCAAGACAUUUGGAGGCAAAAAGGCACCACUGUUUCUUGUUGCCACACACACAGAAACAAAAUCUACAGAUGAAAUAGAGAGGUACUUUGGGGAGUUCUGGAAUGCUGUUCCAGACGAAGACAGAGAUUGGUUAAGUGAGUCUCUGAAUGAUCGGGAAUAUGCAGUGGGUCUAAAGGAACUUAAUGAUAACACUAAAGCAAUGCUAGAGUCAAUGAAAAACUCCAUAGUGGAAUUAUUUAUGGAUGAGAAUACUACAAAAAUUGAAUUGAGGCUGGAAAGUUUUGUCUCUGAGUGA